CGUCAAGAGAUAAGAUUGAUCAGCCACGACUUCACGACCGACCAAGCACCUUCGGCAUUACUUGUUCCUGGCUCAAUAUUUCGGGUUCGUCUGCUCUCGAAUUAUUCCAACAAGCCUGGAAAUCAGCACGACCGGAUUAUAAGUAGAAGCCGUCUGCUUCUUUACGGCAAUCAUGCUAGUUGACGCUCCCUAUCUUUCCUCCCUCCAGAAUAACAUUCGUCAGAGACCAAUACCUUGGGAAGGCGCUGUGAGAGCGGGCAAUCUUACCGAGGAUGAGCUCAAGAAGAUAAAAGCAGUUGACAAGGUUCGGAAGGAUCAACGAAAGCAGACCAUUCAGAGCGAUCUAGACGCCUAUACAAGGUUGCUUUUGGGUGGAGAUUCUCAACCCAGUGUGUUGGAAUCUGCGGCCAAGAGAGGUGACGUCGUACAGUAUAUUCUCGUCCUUGCCAGUGACCUUAUAGAGGAUGUCCCCGAAUUGAAAGCAGGUCUUCUUAGACACCCUGCUCCGUACAGGCCAUUCGUGCCUCUUUUAAGCCAGUCAUCGAAUCCUGAAGACCCGAUACCCCUGUUGACUGCCUAUCUCCUCACUGGCCUAAUUUCGUCCGCAAUACUUAGCUCGUCCAAGGAAAGUUCCAAGAUCGAGGAACCAUUGACCAGGCUGUAUAACUACCUCUCUCUUCUCUCCAAGAGUUCAGAUAGCGGUCUUCAGGACAUAUCUGUGCAAGAAUAUUCUGCGCUGUUGCGUACAAGACAAUCGCGUGGUCUCUUUUGGAAGUUAAGAAAAGACACGAUUGUCCCGCUCGUCGAUAUUCUUCGCUCCGCGGCGGGCACAGCCAAGGACACCUCCACAUUAUGGGAGGGUAGCACCAGCAUCGGCCGCAACACCUUUGACAGCGGGCUCGGCGGAGGGAUCGGCUUGCAGCUUCUUUAUCACGUUCUGCUUGUCCAGUGGCAGCUCAGCUUUGAGGGCGCUCUCGUCGGCGAAGAUCUUGAAUCCGAACACGAAAUUAUUCCGCUGUAUACCCAUCUUCUCCGCCUCUCGCCGAAAGAGAAGACCACUCGUCUCCUCCUUUCCACACUCCGUAACCUCCUCUCAACCAAUGAGACCAGCCUCCUUCCCGUGGCUGUGCUCGUCCGCCUACCAGCACUCCUUCAGAACCUUAAAGGCCGCCACUUAUCCGACGACGACUUAUUGGACGACCUGCAAUCUCUUAGUGAUAUGCUAGAAGAGUACACCAAAACGCAAACUACAUUUGACCAAUAUGCCGCCGAAAUACACUCCGGGCACCUGCACUGGUCUCCUCCUCAUCGUAAUCCGGUCUUCUGGGCCGAAAACGCCCGUCGCAUCCUCGACGAAAACAAGGGCGAACUUCCCAAGAAGCUGGCAGAAAUCAUUUCUGAGCCGUGGGAUUCGGACAAACAAGUUCUUGCUAUAGCGUGUAACGACAUUGGAUACCUCGUCAAAGAAGUCCCUGAGAAGCGCGGACAGCUCGAGAAACUCGGCCUAAAGGGCCGCAUUAUGGAACUCAUGGGCGAAAGUAACGAGGCUGUGCGGUGGGAAAGUCUGCGCGCCGUGGGUGAGUGGUUGCGCUACAGCAUUGAAGCAUAGAUGUUUGUUCUCUCUCCGCUGCUUCUUGAUCAGAUCCUUUCGAUUCUUUUUUGUAUCGUAGCGCAUCAUUCACAAAGCUUCGUCCUUCCGUUACCGUUUACCCUUCAAUGCCAACCGUGGCUGUCGGUCCAUAGUAGCUAAUCGUCUGUUCUUCAUCCUACAACCUUUGCCUUUUAGCUGUAAAUUUCUCCACCAGUAUGCGGGCAUAUACAUUGCUCCCUAACGUGCGUGGUUAUCAUUUUUUGUAUUUGUUGACUUAUCUCACAUCCUCCUACUUCAUUUUCUCUUCGAAUGUUUCGAAACGUUGAAUCUUCACUUUGGACCGAGAUAAACUGCAACUUUUCCAUUCUAUUUUUCUUUUAGAAUAUUUACAUACACAUACAAAUUCAAAUGUCCUCGUGC